GCAGCAGCAGCAGCAGCAGCUCCUCCCGUGUCUUUCCACACAGAAGCGCACCAGACUCCACAGAAGCAUCAGCACUGGCUGCUGCAGCCGCUGCUCAACUCUCUAGAAACACUGCAGGGGGAUUAAAACCGAGGAGAUGAGAUGUUCUUCUUCUUCUUCUUCUUCUUCUUCAUUUCUCCCUCUGCAACUUGAUUUCCCCGCAAUGUGUCUGGAUUAAGUUCGCCCGCAUCUUUUUCUUCUUUUUUUGGAGAGGGACGCCUUCCGCUGCCCGCGCGCGGAGCCAUGAGGAGAACUGUGGGACCCCGUGGAUGAUGAUGAAGACGAUGAUGAUGCCUCAUAAUGAACGCAGAUUUUCAAAACCCACUGUCAGUCCCUCAGCCAAAGGUCCGCAGUCACCUGACCAUCAAAGUACAAUCCAAGCUGAUGUCCAGACCGUGUCCCAGCGCUCGUGGUCCAAAACCUCCCGUCGCACCCAAGCCAAGACCCCCGCUUGAGUCUCACCCACAGGGGGAGGAGCCCUGUCCCCCACUGAGCCUCAGUAAUGGAGACCUGAGCCACUCAGAUGGGGAGACAGAAGAUCUCCAUGACAUGGCUGAGGAGAAUCAGGACCGAGUGGAGAAGAGCGAGGCCAACGGCACUGGAGAGAUGAACCCAGAGGACGAAGCUGAGGUGGAAACAGAGAAGGAAGGGGACAUUUUGGAUAACCAUGAUGACACUGACAGCGUUGGCUCUGAGGACACAAUUAAAGGAGAUGAUGGUCCCAUCGUUACUGAAACUACUGAAGAUGAAAACACUGAAGAUGACUUCAACACAUCAACACCUUCUCCUCUUCUGACUGAAACAGAGGAUGAGGAAACGUCUGAAAAACACUGCAAUGCUGCAAGACUCUCUGAUGUCACCGUAGAAGACCGAACACAGUUAAUCAGUCAGGGUGAUGAGGACAGUGACAUGGGACUCAAUGAAGCGGAAGAAUUUGCAUUUGGAUUCAGAGUGCUUCCAACGGUAACAGAGGAGUAUCCCUACGAUAUGAUUGGCCCCGGAGAUGAUGCUAGUGACACGUGCGAGUCAUGUGACCCGGCUGAAUCUAUAUCAGGGGAUACAGAGGUGUGGCAACCAGAGCGGGCUACCAAAGACCUCUCCGGCUGUUUUCGGUUCACAUCCAGCACUGAGGACGUGUUUGGGCCUUACGCAGUCAUCGAAGCAGUUCCGGGAGAUAUGAGCGACACCGCCGACCCAGAGUGGAGUCAGGAGGAUGACCCCGAUGACAAACCUUCCAACGAAGUGCAAACGUCAGGUGCCUCGAACCAGGAUCCGUACUAUGUGUCAUCGGAUGACGUCGACAAGCUGGAGGAUAAGCAGGCCCUCUCUGAACAGGGUGAGACAGCUGAGGGCAGCGAUCAGUCGAGUCAGCAGAAAGACAAAGCACAGGACAGUGAGUCAGCAGAUGAGUAUGCAAACAUUGACGAUUCUGUCUGUCACAAAGGAGAUGACUUUGAGCAGUUGGAGUGUGUCUCAUCAGAGGAUUACGUCGAGAUAGGUGACGAGGACGAGGACGAAGACACGGAGAAGAGACCCAUCAAAGGCAAAAGCGUGAAAGAGAGAACAGCGAAGCGCGAGCAGGCCUACGACAGCCAGAGGGCGAGCUGUCAGCCUCGAAUCAGGUUGUGCAACAUCACCGUGCCAACGGAUCUGGACCUGGGCCGCACCCCAGAGCUCACGAACCGAGUGGUGUUUGCCCACACCACUGAAGCCUUUGAGGAAGAUAUCGAGGAACUGGACUGCCACAUUGUGCCGUAUUAUGAAGACACAGACUCUGACAGUGAAGAGCAUAUUUACGAAGAGGCAGGGUUCGAUUCAGAAGGGGAGAACUUUAUAACACUGGAUAGGAAAUCUAUUGUGACGCGGUCGCGCUCUUAUUCUGGAAAAAUUACAGGUUAUGUUCCAGAGACUGUACCAGAGGAGACGGGGACAGAGUAUCAAACUCAUGACUACUGCUCAGUGGCCUUGGAACAGAACAGCGAACCACUCAGCCCUUCACAGCAGCCUGGGGUCAACAGUGUAACCCCGUCUAUGGGCACUCGUCGUUUCUUACUAUAUUCACGCUCUGCAGAAGGUCCAGAGUUGACCAUGACCACCCCAAAAGAGUUCAACCAAUCUCUGAGGGAUGAGAUCAGGAUGAGGAGGAAAGACGAUAACCUCUCCCUCCCGUGUGUGAUAACUUCUUCUGGAAGCUUUUCCCAGCGAAGCCAUCAAUCGUCCAGUGGUGUUUCCACACCAACUUCACUGGUGGACAUCCCACCUCCCUUUGAGCUGGCAUACAUCACAAAAAGACCUGUGACCAAGAGUUCUCCAUCCCUCCUGAUCCAGCAUGAACCCAGUGACUUACCUAAGAAGAAGAAGUCCUCCUUUAAACGCUUCCUGGCCCUCAAGUUCAAGAGGAAGUCAGACUCAAAGGUUUUUAGUGAUGUGAGUGUCCGCUCUUCGCGUUCCUCCUCUGAAUCCAGUCACCACGGCCCAGCAAGAGUUAUAGAGCUUGAUCGUAGGAGCACUGGCAGCUCACCUCAACCCCAGUCCCGCAUGGUGAACCCCCAGCAGCGUCUUUCAGACCUGCCGCCCACCUUCAUCCUUGACAACGUCCACCAGAGGAGGAAAGGUGACCUCAAAACCUACGGCAGGGGCGUCUCCAGAGUGGAGUCCUUUGAGGAGCGUUCUCGCCGUCGCGCAAUGCCGCUGCCUUUGACCAAACCCCGCUCCAUCUCCUUCCCCAGCGCGGACACCUCAGAUUACGAGAACAUUCCAGCCAUGAACUCAGACUAUGAGAACAUCCAGAUCCCGGGCAGGCCCACCAGAUCCCACACAGUCACCGAGUUUUUUGAAGAUCCAGUUCGCACCACCGUUGCCUGCAAUGAAAACGAUGGCUAUGUGGAUAUGAACAGUUUCCCCGGGAUAGAGAGCAAACACCAGACAUUGAAGGACGACACUGAAAGUGCCUACACCGAGCCCUUCCCCAUGAACCCUGUCUCUGCCGGGCUGUCGGCAGAUGAGGACCACGGCCGGACCUCUGAGGAAGAAGAGGGGGUGGUGGAGCAGAGUUAUGACAGACAGAUUGACGGCCGAUCCCGAGCAUUCUACGUCGCCAAAGAGAUCGUCGACUCAGAGAGACAACACGUCAGCAUCCUCAAGAACCUUCAGGAGGACUUUAGGUCAGCGGUGGCUGAGUCGGUGGGUGAGGACGGGGAGCCAGUGGUGGAGGAGCAGAGGCUGGCGGAGAUACUGGGCGUGCUCCCACAGGUCUACACCCUCCACAGCAGCAUCCUCACAGAGCUGGAGGAACGCAUCAGUCAUUGGGAGGAGAGCCAAAGGGUGGUGGGCGUGAUUCUGUCUCGUGAAGAAGACUUCCGCGUGUUUGACACCUACAUCUCCGAGUACGAUCGCAGCAUGUCCUUACUGGAGGAGAGUCGCAGGAGCAACCCAGCCUUCGCAAGCAUCGUCAAGAAAUUUGAGACAUGUGGCCCAAAAGAAGAAGUCCCACUGAAACACCAGCUGCUGCAGGUCAUAGUCAGAGUCCUUCAGUACCGAAUGCUGCUCACAGAUUACCUGAACAACCUCUCUCCUGACUCUAAAGAAUACGAGGACACACAAGAUGCCUUGGCGAUGGUGUCCGGGGUGGCAGACCAGGCCAACGACAAUCUGAAACAGGGGGAGAACCUGCUGCGUCUGGUCCACAUAGAGUACAGUGUGAAAGGCAAGAGGGACCUCCUGAAGCCCGGAAGGAUGUUUGUCAAAGAGGGCACACUCAUGAAGGUCUCGAGGAAAAGCAGACAGCCGCGACACCUGUUUCUGAUGAAUGAUAUCAUGCUGUACACGUACCCGCAGCAGGAUGGCAAGUACAGACUCAAGAACACACUCUCUCUGUCAGGAAUGAAGGUGAGCAAACCUGUCCUGGACAACGUGCUGAACUGUCUAAAAAUCGAAGUGUCGGACAUCACCAUUACGCUCUCUGCUGGUUCCGUUGGGGAGAGAGAAGACUGGUUCCACACACUCAGCCGGGCCAUAGCGGACCACGCUGCAGGUCUCUGCACGUUCGGUGGACCCUGCAGUGAGGCACGGGAGAAGUUGUGGAUGGCCCUGGGUGAAGCUGCUCCUGUGCUGGUGCCCGUCUCUCACGUGAUGAUGUGCAUGAACUGCACGUCUGACUUCAGCCUCACACUGAGACGACACCACUGCAACGCCUGCGGCAAGGUGGUGUGUCGCGCCUGUUCCAGAAACAGAUACCCGCUAAAGUACCUCAAAGACAGAGUGGCCAAAGUGUGUGACCACUGCUAUGCCGAGCUGAGGAAAAGAGGAGGAAGCACGUCAGGGGCAUGCGGGAGCUCCAGCCCUCGGACUCACCGGGCCAGUCGUCCCCUCUCUGCUGUGUUCCAGAGCCUGCAGCCGCCAAGUUUGUGGAAGAGCCGGAAGAGCAUUUCAUCUCUUAACCAGGUGUCGCUCGGCGUGGAGGGCUCCACCAUGAGUGGCAGCCUGCAGCGCCGCAAGAAGAGCAAGCGGAAGUGGAAGCGGUUGUGGUUCCUCCUCAAAGACAAGGUGCUCUACACCUUCACAGCCCGUGAGGACAAAGUGGCUUCGGAGAGUCUGCCUCUGCAGGGCUUCACCGUCAAGCUGACAGAGAGACCGGAGGGAGAGGAGAGUAGCAACGUGUUCCACCUGUACCACAAGAAGACCCUCUAUUACACCUUCAGGGCCGACGACGAACACACUGCACGCAGGUGGGUGAACGCCAUAGAGGAGGCCACUGUUUUAUAGCACCUGCUCUCUGAGGUAAAACAAGCCCUGCUGUCCACACACACUGCUCGGACUCCAGUGUGGAGCACAACAUAGCUACCUGCUGCAGCAUGGACUCACGUCGUGUCCGGUCUCAAUAUUACAAGGCAGCUGAGAGUCAACCUUGCAGAGUCUGCCACUGCUCCAUCUUUGCUUUUUUCAACUGGAACAUCCACUGGAUUAUGAAGAUUCUGUUUUUGGUUGUGCAAGAUGACACAUCACACACACACACACACACACUCUUUCAGCUGAACUUUGUUCAUCAAAGAGAAGAGAAAAUCACCCAGAAAGCCUACAAACCUCCACCAAGGGCGGCUCAGUUUACCCCCGAUCUUGCAAGGUUUUAAAAAGUGUUUUUGAAAACAUCCCCUCCUUUGGCCCAAAGUAACAAACUUUGUUCCAUAGUAGUUUUUACUGUUACCAUUGUAGAGAGAUAUUUGGUUUUCUGAACUACUGAUACGGAUAUGGAAGUGAAUCAUAUGAGUUGUUUGUAUAGAAAUGGUUCAAACACAAUGAGAGGUCAUUUUACACAGUUCCGCUCCGUUCAGCCGCUCGUCUACAUGACAUGUACAUUGACGUAUUUAAAACUUUUCGCAAAGUGCCAUCCAGCUGAAUAUGCCGUGCAAUUCGCAAACAAAAGAAAAACCUGACUGACGAACGAUGAAUGUGCCUGAAAUGAAAUUCUCUCCUCAUUUGUCUUCAUGUUAUCGCAGUACUGUACUACUGUCACGUCUUUGUAAAGAGGAGACCUCUUUUUAUCUAGUCUUAUAUAAAUAUAUAUAUAUAUAUAGAUAUAUAUAUAUAUAUAUAAACCUUCUGAUUGAAUGAAAAGUUCAGUUAGCAACUGACAACAUGGGAAUAUAAUAAUAUUGUGCCAUUUUUAAUGAAUGCCUUCUCUCAUGCUGUAUGCACUGCAGGAUGUAAUUGACUGGAUGGAAACUACAGGAAAACAAAAAAACAAACACUGUCAAACUACCUAUAACCUUUUUAUUGUUCAUCACCUGAGCUGUCCUCGGCGUCGCGAAAAAAAAAGGACUCUGCUGCUUUUAAUAUCCAACCUGAGGAUUGCAGCUGUUCUUCACCCACUGUCAAACCACAUUCUUUCUAUAAGCACACAAGUACUGUUCAGCUUUUUCUACCUGUUUCUUAUGGGCCAUACCUUCUUAGGGGAUUGUAUCACCAUGGAUUGUACCUCUUGCAUAUAGUGCAUUGUAAAUGUUUAUGUAUAUAGAUUACAUAUUAAAAAAAAUAAAUAAACUCCUUUUAAAAUGC